CUGCUGUUUGAAAUUGCACAUGACUCUAUGACAACUGGCUGCAGCCACUACCAUAGAAUUUGUGCAGUUUCAAGCCUUAGCCAAGUAACUCAUACACAGCCUUGGCUACCAGUUUCUAGAUAGAAGACUCCUUGAGGUAUUCCCAGAUCAGUGCAAUAUCUGUGAGAGCAGUCCAUACAUAGGAACCAAUGCUACCAACAAUUGUGACACAACACAAUCGUGCGUUACACAGUGAAGAGAACGGCCUGCACUGAAAGCUUGUCAACUGAAAUUGUGUUCAAAGGGUCUCAUAAAAAAAGUGUAUCACAAUGUUUGACGACUUGUGGGCUUACAUGUAUUUGCCCCUCAUGUACAAGUACUGGUACUGCAUGCCAAUAUUUCUUGGGCUGGUCAGUGCACUGUACAUGUACAUUCAAAGAAGGUGGCAAUCCCACAUCAGCCAACCAACUGACAGGGCUAGAGUGGGCAAUAGUGCUUCCCCUGGGAAAGCCCCAAGGAAGGACAGAGUCCAAGCACUACCCCUCAGUGUCAACUACCACUUCACCAGGCAGUGCAACUACUCCUGUGGGUUCUGCUUCCACACAGCCAAGACAUCCUUUGUCUUGCCGAUUGAGGAUGCCAAAACAGGAAUCCGUAUGCUGAAAGAUGCAGGUAUGCAGAAGAUCAAUUUCUCUGGCGGCGAGCCGUUCAUUGUGCAGCGAGGAAAGUUUGUGGGGGAACUUGUGCGAUUCUGCAAAGUUGAUCUGCAGCUUCCAAGUGUCACCAUCGUCAGUAACGGCAGCCUGAUAGAUGAGAAAUGGUUUAAAAACUACGGUGAGCAUCUUGACAUCUUGGCUAUUUCCUGUGAUAGCUUUAAUCCAGAGGUCAAUGAAAGAAUUGGACGACAACAAGGCCAGAAGAAUCACCUUGACAGUUUGCAGCGCGUGCGAGAUUUGUGCUCAACGUACAAAGUUGCAUUCAAGAUCAACAGUGUCAUAAAUACACACAACAAAGAUGAAGAUAUGGUAGACUAUAUCACUAAUCUUAACCCAGUCAGAUGGAAGGUUUUCCAGUGUCUUUUGAUCGGAGGAGAGAACUGUGGCGAAGAUGCCCUUCGUCAUGCUGAGUCCUAUGUCAUAAGUGAAGAAGACUUCCAGGCAUUUCUAGACAGACACAAGGAUGUCAAAUGUUUGGUGCCAGAAUCAAAUGACAAGAUGCAGAACUCUUACCUCAUUCUCGAUGAAUACAUGCGGUUUUUGGAUUGCACUAAAGGAAGCAAAGACCCUUCCAAGUCCAUUCUGGACGUUGGUGUGACUGAGGCACUCAAGUUCAGUGGUUUUGAUGAGCAGAUGUUCUUGAAGAGAGGAGGCAAGUACAAAUGGAGUAAAGCAGACAUGAAGCUGGACUGGUAAUCUGAUGACUUACAUGUACAUGUACAAAACACUUCUCUAUGUACAUGUACCAGUACAUGCCCCAGUCUUCAGUGUGAAACCUGAACUCCUCACAGUACAGUAAAGCACUAAUGUCCUCCGACUGAAUUUGCUUCCAAAGCCUGUUGGGCUGCCUACACUGUAUAUCUUUUACUCAGAUAUUAACUCCCGUGGUAACACAUCAAGUUUAGAAUAACUCAAAACAACAGAACUUAAUCAUGGGGCAGCCAUUUCGUUUUUCUACCAUUGGAAGAAGUGUUACCGAACUGAGGAUGGAAGAAAAUGGUCUGUUUGCAUUUAUCAACACGUAAAGUUGUAUUACUUUGGCAUUUAGUAUACAGGAGCUAGACAAAAAUGGUGGCAUCAUGAUAAAGGUUUACAGAGAUUUAUAAAUGCUUGCAACUGACACCAAUGUUCUACACAGUACCAGUACAUGUUUGUAUUAACAUGUAUAAACACAAAGUAUCAACAUUUAUAUAUUUUAGCAGAAAGUUGUUAAUUACAAUUUGUUCUUGUCUAAGCUUGUACCGGUACCUUGUGAUCGUGUUUCUACAUGUGUAUGUAUCACCUACAUGUACGGAUUUGUUUACCAUAAGGUUAAGUGUGGUUACCCGUGGUUACCUAGAUCGAGCUUCCCAGUUACUUACAUGUACUCCUCAAUACGCUUAUGUAACUUGUUCACAAAGUGACCUUGUCAAUUUGCAUUAAUUGUAAGCUCUUUUGGAUCCAGACCAGCAUUUUUAUUCAAAAAGUAACACCACCUCAAAAUUAUUUUCUUUUAGACCAGUUUGCUGAUAACUUUAAGGCAGUGAGUAGCAAAAACACAUUUUCUUGCUUUCACCAAAACGCUCGGAGCCUACGUAAGAAUUUUGAUAAUAUGAUUGACUAUAUAAACAUUCUUCAAUACCAAUUUCAUGUCACUGGUUUCAGCAAAACAUGGCUAGACGACAAGAGCCCAGAUUUCUGCAUUAAAAAUUACUCAUGUGUGAAGAAAAAUAGGUAGAUAAAACUGGUGGUGGUGUUGCCUUAUAUGUGCAUAAUUCUCUUAACUUUUUUGUACGCAAUGAUCUCAAACUAAGUAACUAUGCCUGUGAUUCUCUUUUCAUUGAAAUUCCCCAUUCUCAGGGUAAAAGUAUUACAGUUGGCAUAAUCUACACACUGAAAUAAUGUAAUGUACAUAGUGGUAUGGUACAACAGUCAUCCCCAAUGGCUUAGUCAGUGUUCAAGUACAUGCUUAAUGUUCACUCAACCACUGUGCCUGUACAUGUACCACAUUUACAUUUAGCAGUGGCACACAUAGUGUACAUGUACAUGCACAGUGGCUUAUACAGUGUACAUGUACAUGUGUACAUGUACCAGGUAAUGUACCAUGAGUGAUAGCCCCUUAGUGACCCUUCAUUGUGACAAUAUACCGGUAGUGGUGCAUGUAAAAUGCAAUGACUUUCAUGUACUACGCCUACCAGUACAUCUACUUUGAAAGUAAUUUCCUGAGAAAAAUGUCCAGCCCUCUAAAUUUACUUCUUCAGGUGAAAACAAGAAAACUAUCAUCUUUCCAUUUUCAAACCAUGAUUGGAAAUCAUUGUAUACAUUUUUAUGUGCAGUGAAAAAAAGACUACUGAUAUGAAUAUAUUCUCGUUCACUCAAAUUGGUAACUUAAGGCUCAUUUCACCUUGAAGUCACACCUUGUUUCUACCGAGAGGAAGGGAUAUCACAUGUAUGCUUGAAAUAGUGUACCUCCAUGGUACCUCUGAUCAAGUAAAAAGGUUUUUUUCAGCCAUUUUGAAAGAAAUCAGCACUCCUAAACAAGUGCAAACAGUCUUUAUUAAACCUUUUCCGAUGCAAGUCAUUAAUACUUUUUAACAUAUCUUGUCCUUCCACAGUAGUGUGCACGUUACCAUUGUACAUGCACAAUAUCCGGCAAAUCACCGAAAGAUUGCCAAAUCGCUACCUGUACCUCUUACCCACUUGUAGCCCACACACUGACAGUCCAAUCUCUGGCACAUUGUGGUGGUCAGUGUGACUGCAUUGGAAAACUAACUUUUGCAAUUUUAGAUGGGGGCAGACAUCUUUAAGUAAACCCAAUGUAACAAACUAUGGAAAUGAUAACACACCCUAAGAAUCAAUAAAAGAGGAAAAAUCGUGUCUAAA